AUGGCUGCACACCCAGUGCAGAUGUCGGCGGAAAUUUCAGACAGUGACAGCGAGUGGCAACUCUUGGAAAAGCAAAUCGAUUCAGGAUUUCUGGAUAGUCUUCUAACUGAACCAAUUAGUCAUGCAGAAAUUGAUAACGAGAUGAGAAAAGCAAUGGCCGAAUGUGAGAGUAAAGACAUGAAUGAAUGUAAAAGGAAAAGAAAGGUUAUGUGCGAAAAAAAAGCUAAUAAUAAAGCAAAAAUCAAAACGCCGAAAAAUGAAAAUUAUCUAAAUAAGUCAAAUACUAAAAGCAAAUUAAGUGACAGAAAUGUGAAAGAACAGAAUAAGUCAAAUAAAAAAACAUAUUUAUACGAUCCAGUCGCAGAUGAUGAUACUCCUUGCUGCAGCAAGUCACUAAAACAGUAUGGAAUGCAUAAAGUUACAGCCCAGGUUGAAGACUACAUGCCUGAAGAGCCCAAAAAGAAACCAAGAAAAAAGAAAACUAAUGUGCCCAAGCCAAUAAACAGUUUAGAAAAACUUCCAAAAUGGUUAAAGCAUGUAGCACAGGAAGUGUACAUUGAUUUGAAAGAAGAUCGUGGAGAUAUUUUUCAUAUAUUUUAUGAAUCGGAUAUGGUAAUUGUUCUUCAAGAACAUGCUCUCAGCUUCUACAAAUAUAAAGUAGAAAAAGGUUCGUACUCCUUCAAAAUGAAUGGGGUAUCUAAUAAUUUACAAAAAGUGGGGUCCUGGGUGAAUUUAUUUACAUCCUACUCUUCACAAAACAUAGGACAGAAAAUUGGAUCAUUUUUUUCAAAAUGCUUUUGUCAAAAUGUUCAGAAUUUCUGUACAUACAUAGAGUUGCGAGCUAAACAAAUGCUUCACCCCUCGCGUCCAAAUCUAAUUGAAAUUUAUGCCAACAUCUAUUACUUAUCUCCAGGUCAUGAAUAUGUGAAGCAACAGCAAUCAUUAAUGGACACAUUUACGUCAAAUAUUAAAGAUAUAAGAUUUACGGCAAUUCCUGGUACAUGUGGCCUUAUAAUGUCAUGGUAUGAUCCCAAUGGUUUAGGUUACAGUAAGAUUUCCAAAUACAAUAUAUCUAAACAACAGAAUGUACGGGAUUGGAAAAAGUUGGAAACCGUUUGUUUUGAUCAUUUAUUACUAGAGCUACAAUACUUAUCACAAGACUAUAUUGUUGGCCUUGGCAAAACAGCUGUUACCAUCUGGAACCAUACAAACUUUGAUAUAGUUUACAGUUGUGAUUUGAUGAUGGACGUGGGCACCAAUUUAGGUGCAAUACAUUUUUCUCCAACUUUAGUUGUAAUUUUCCAACAUAUUACAAAUGAGGAGAAGAAACCACAAGUAAUAACAAUUUAUCUGUAUUUAAUAGAAAAUACGUUUUUGAUUAAAAAAUGUCUUCAAUUAUCGUGGAACGAUUUCGGUUGUGUGAAAAAUACAACAAAAACAAAAAAUUAUAUUGUUCUACAGGGUAACACAAAAAAAGAGCUUUGGAUAUGUUGUUCUAAUCCGAAUUCCGUCAUUUUUGUUCCAAAAAUUGCAACCGAGAGACACUUCUAUAAACCAGAAUAUGAUUUUGUAGUUAGGUAUAAAGGCCAGAAGAUAUCAAUUCUUACAACAGCCGACAUCUUACGAAAAUUAAAUAUUUGUGAUUAUAAUAGAAGUAAUUAUUAG